GACGCGCAAGCCCUGUACCGUGCCCCCCUUGCCCCCCACCCCCUAACCCUCCCUCUCUUCGAUCUCCAUAGCCGUCUCUCCUGGCUUAUUCCCCAUUGCCGUAGGCGCGGACGAUCUCAAGGUUGCUCCUUUGUUGCCCUAGGAUUCUCGGAAUUGGCCUCCCGAAGACAUCGGGCUCCAACAGGUGAGAUUGACCCAGGACGUGACGUUUCUUCAAGUAGGGUGAGAUUUCUGAGGGUUGUUUACAUGAAAUAUGACAUAGUAGAAAGGUGGCUUCCCUUGGUUUGGUUCAUGUUUUCACACAAAAAGCUUGUUGUUCACCGAUUACAUUCAUUUUGACCGAAAUUCAGUUACUUAAGGAGAAUUACCUUUGAGGAUUUGUUAAAAAGGGGACAGUUCUGGCUUUACAGUUGUGAGACCUGCUAUUGCCAAUGGCAGAGAGGGCCUGUGUGAAACGCCUUCAAAAGGAAUACCAUGCAAUUUGUAAGGAACCACCACCUCAGAUCGUGGCUCGUCCUUCACCGAGUGAUAUACUAGACUGGCAUUUUGUACUUGAAGGAAGUAAAGGCACGCCAUUUGAAGGUGGAUAUUACUAUGGAAAACUCAAGUUUCCACCUGAUUAUCCAUACAAGCCUCCAAGUAUCAGCAUGAUCACUCCCAAUGGACGUUUCGCCCCUCACAAAAAGAUCUGUUUAUCCAUGAGUGACUUUCAUCCAGAGUCUUGGAAUCCAAUGUGGUCUGUAUCAAGCAUUCUCACAGGACUUCUGUCUUUCAUGAUGGAUGAUGGUCAGACAACUGGCAGCAUUAGGACUACAGAUGAUGAAAAGCGAAAACUAGCUAAGGCUUCACUUGCAUACAAUUGUGAAAGCAAAAACUGCCCAAGUUUCAGAAAGCUGUUCCCAGAAUAUGUGGAGAAGUUCCAACAACAACAGAUCCCAGAGCAAUCUGUAUCACAACAGCAGAUGAGUGAACAUAGGAGCUCUCCUCCUGGUGUGGUUGAACAAGCUGCAAGACUCGAAGGUGAAGACCGAAAGGUUGUACAAAAUGCUGGAAGGAGAAAGCAGAGAAAGCAGAUACCAUUCUGGUUACUGCUGGUGAUGGUGUCAGUCUUCGGCAUUGUGAUGGCAUUGCCCCUGCUGCAACUGUGACCUGAUCAGUUGACAAUGCAUUAUGGUGCAGACCUUAAGAAAGAGUCUUAGAUUUGUGUAGUCAAGAAUUUUGUAAAGUUGGUCGAUGUGGAAUGGUUGAAUCCAUAGUAAACCCUCGUUUGACCUCUCUUGAUGAGCAUGAUGGAAUAUUUUAGCUAUUUGGCUGGUUAUUGCCUAGCGGCAGGAUCCCUGCUUUGCCUCUGUAUUUGCUGUGCUUUUUGCUUUGCUAUUAUGAGCAUGCUAGCAUGUUCUCUUUUUUGACCUUCUUUAUUGCCACAGGCUUUCUGUAGUGGGAAAAUGAUUGACUGAAGAUAUAAAUGGUUUUCGUA